CUCCGGCGGUCGGCGGGUUCGGGCAUCGUAACCCCUGAGCCCUGCAAGCCGUGCGGCCGGGAUGAUGAACGGAACGACCCCCGACCCAGAACGGGCGCCGGCGUCCGAGCCCGUGUGGGAGCGGCCCUGGUCGGUGGAGGAGAUCCGUAGGAGCAGCCAGAGCUGGUCGCUGGCGGCCGACGCGGGCCUGCUACAGUUUCUGCAGGAAUUCUCCCAGCAGACUAUCUCUAGGACCCAUGAAAUCAAGAAACAAAUGGAUGGACUAAUUCGGGAAACUAAAGCCACAGAUUGUCGCCUACAUAAUGUCUUCAAUGACUUCCUUAUGCUCUCUAAUACCCAGUUCAUUGAGAAUCGGGUAUAUGAUGAAGAAGUGGAGGAGCCGGUACUCAAGACAGAGCCAGAAAAACCAGAACAGGAGAAAACCCGGGAACAGAAAGAAGUAGAUCUGAUUCCUAAAGUCCAGGAGGCUGUGAACUAUGGUUUACAAGUAUUGGACAGUGCGUUUGAGCAGCUUGAUAUCAAAGCAGGAAACUCGGACUCUGAAGAAGAAGAUGUCAAUGAGCGGGUAGAACUGAUCCUUGAACCAAAGGACCUGUACAUCGAUCGCCCCUUACCUUAUUUAAUUGGAUCCAAGCUGUUCAUGGAGCAGGAAGAUGUAGGUCUGGGCGAGCUGUCUAGUGAAGGAUCCAAUCUGGGGUCACUCACUGAAUUUACCUUUUUUUCUCCCCCAAAGCAGUCAGAUGAAGACUUUGCCAAUCACAGUGACUGUGACCAAAACCAGCACACAGCACGCAUGAGUGAGGAGGAAGAGGAGGAUGAUGGCUGUGACCUUUUCGCUGACUCUGAGAAGGAGGAGGAGGAUAUUGAGGACGUUGAACAAAGUACUCGACCUAAAAGAAGUAGGCCUACGUCAUUUGCUGAUGAGCUAGCAGCUCGAAUCAAAGCGGAUACCCCUGGCCGAAUUGCUGAGAGCCAAACAGCCUUAUCCUCAGGGGACGCAAAACCCAGGAAGACAUUGAAAGAGAAGGAAAGGAGAGCGCCUUCAGACGAUGAAGAAGAUAACUUAUUUGCACCCCCUAAGCUGACCGAUGAAGACUUCUCCCCUUUUGGCUCCAGAGGAGGUCUGUUCAGUGGAGGGAAGGGACUUUUUGAUGAUGAGGAGGAUGAGAGCGACCUCUUCAAGGAAGCCCCUAAGGACUGGGAAGCCCCUGCCUGUGUUCAUGAAGGUCUCUACCAGUUAAGCGAGUCCAGGCUAUUCCAAACAUGUGUUAUUUGUUGGCUCUCACUUUUUUUUUCAACAAAGGUUACCCUGCCUUCCAGCAAACACCUUAAGCUCGUCUCAGAAACAAAGACCCAAAAAAGUUUAUUUUCGGAUGAAGAGGAUUCUGAGGUACAGAAUACUUUUUGUCUUACCCUGUCUUUGGUUUUCCAGGAUAAUCUUUUUGGGGCUAAAGUUGCUAAAAAGCAGACAUCAUCUCUGCUAACUCCAAGUCAAGAGAAAACAAAGCUCCCUGAGCCCUCCAAGAAGAAAGCAUCGGCCUUAUUGUUCAGCAGUGAUGACGAGGACCAGUGGAGUAUUACUGAUUCACAGACCACUUCAGCAUUCGACAGCAGGUCUAAAGGCGAACUUAGGGACUCUGGGACUGCCCCGGACCCAGAAGCUAAGAAUACUGUGAAAAAGACUAGUCUCUUUGAAGAGGAUGAUGAAGAUGAUCUGUUUGCUAUUGCUAAAGACAGCCAAAAGAAGACCCAGAGAGUGUCACUUCUCUUUGAAGACGAUGCUGACAGUGGAGGCUUUCUGCUUGCCUCUCCUUCCACGUCUGUUCCUCCUGCAGCAAAGAAAAAAGAGACAGUUGCUCAGGAGCCGCCUUUGCUGUUCAGUGAUGAAGAAGAGAGGGAGGCCCCACUUGGAGCGAAGCCUGUGGUUGAGAAUGGCGGCAGUGCCAUGGGGUCGUCAGAUGUUGGGAGAGCUGAUGCGGUGGAGGAGUCGGGAAAGGAAGGGCCUUUGGCUGCAUCUGCUCAGGCAGCAGUCAAACAUUCUGAUUUAUUUUCUUCAUCACCACCAUCGGAGAAAGGAGCCAAGGGUAGAACCCAAACCGUGCUCAGCCUGUUUGAUGAGGAGGGGGAUAAAACCAAAGAUCAAAGCAACGUCCGAGCUCCACGGAAAGAGGUAGGAAAGAAUCCCGAUUCUGAUGCCCACCCCAAGAGCACAGGUGUCUUUCAGGAUGAAGAGCUCCUAUUCAGUCACAAACUGCAAAAGGACAAUGACCCAGAUGUUGACCUUUUCUCUGGCACAAAAAAGACUGGGUUGUUAGUGCCAAGUGUUGGGAGCCUGUUUGAGGAUGAUGAAGAUGAUGAUCUUUUCAGCUCUGCCAAGUCCCAGCCUUUGAUACCAGAAAAGAAGAGGGUAGUGAAAAAAGACCACCCUGUCUCCUCUGCCAAGAACCAGAAACAUCCUGAAUCCACUCAAGGUAUCAAAGAAAAAAACAUAUGGAAACUGGAAACACCUCAGGACUCGUCAGGCCCUGCUCCAUUUAAAACCAAAGAGCCAUCCACUCGGAUCGGGAAAAUACAAGCAAAUUUAGCGAUUAACCCAGUGGCCUUGCUGCCAGCAGCAGCUCCCCAGGCUCCUGGAGCAAAGCCUGUGCUGCCCAAAUUGGCUUUUCCUCCAUCGGAACCCCAAAGUGCGGAGGCCGGCGUGAGUUUUGAACUUCCAGCUCAGGCAGACACCUUACACAGUGCAAACAAGAGCCGAGUCAAAGUGAGAGGGAGACGCAGACCUCAGACCCGUGCGGCUCGGCGGCUGGCUGCCCAGGAGUCCAGUGAGGCAGAGGACAUGGGUGUUCCCAGCGGACCGACUGCACAGUUAGCAGACGGCACCGUCUUACCAGAUUUCCGCCAGCCACAGCCCAAGGCAGCUGAUGGAGAAGACAUCUCUGUGGCAGCUGCCACUCCGACUUUGGAAGGCAGUCCUGUGCCUGAAGUGGACAGAAGCCCCUUUGCAAAAUCUCUGGGUCAGCUUCUUGAGGAUGACCUUUUCGAUUCUGGGGAUAUCUUUUCCAAGAGCACUGGAUCUCAGUCCACGGGGAGAACAAAAGCCAAGGAGAAGGCAGCAGAGGCCCAGGCCAGCCAGCCAGGGGGCAGUAGAGAACAGAGCAGUAUCUUCUCUGCUCUUGAUGAGGCAGGCAGUGACGAUGAUCUCUUCCAGUCUGUCAAACCAAAACCAGCAAAGAAGGUCAGCCUGUUUCCUCUCCUGGAAGAUGAAGACAAUCUCUUUACAGAUCAGAAAGGCAAGAAGAAUGGGUUAAAAUCCAGUAGUCAGCAAGAUGUUAUAUUCAAAACACAAGAUGUUUUUGAGGAUGAUAUAUUUGCUGCAGAAGCAAUUAAACCCGCACAAAAAACAAAAGAGAAGGAAAGAACAUUAGAAUCCAACUUAUUUGAUGAUAACAUUGAUAUCUUUGCUGACUUAACUGUAAAACCAAAAGAAAAGUCCAAAAAGAAAGUGGAAGCUAAGUCUAUAUUUGAUGAUGAUAUGGAUGAUAUCUUCUCCUCUGGUACCCAGGCUAAGAAAACUAAACCGAAAAGCCGGUCUGCACAAGCAGUCCCUGAACCAAGAUCUGAACACAAGGGGUCCAACAUAUUUGAUGACCCCCUGAACGCCUUCGGAGGCCAGUAGGAUGUACAGGGUAUCCAGAUCUCACCCUACAAGCUACAGCCUUGAGUUAAUAAUGCUGUCUUAUAUGAUAAUUGUCUUAACUGAUUUACAGAAAGCAAAUGCUAAAAUAGCUAGCUUAUGUCUUAUCCAAUGUACUUAGUAUUUUUCUGCACUGGUUUUAAUAAUCAUGCUUAAUACUGCAAAACAAAAAUAAAUGUUUCACAGUGAUGUUUGUUUUUUUAAAACUUUAAUUAAGAGGCACAGUAUGAUUUAUGUCAUGUUAGAGAACAAACCUGCUUGUGGCUUUCAUGGGUGGGCAGGGAAUCAUGGAGGUAAUGGAUGCUAGACAGAUGGCCAGAGAUUCUUCGUGGGCAUGUGAAAGAGAAAAACAGGAUGAGAGAUUACAUAUACUUACGAGAGGAGGUUUCCACUAAUUCACGGAAUUCUGAAGAUGCCUCUUCAAGUCCUCUAAGGCCGGGACCAGCAA